AUGGUGGCUGGUGUCCAAUCUGGUUUGGUUUGUGAAGAAGAGGAAGAAGAUAAAGUGGUUCAAAGAGAAGGAGGCUAUGAAGCUUCUUUUGUUAAGCAGACAUUGCCUCCUUGGGGAGAGUUGGCAAUUGACGAGGACUUGGAUAUUGAACCCGAGGUUCCCAUUCAGCCCGAAUCAUGUUUAAAAAGGAAGGCUUCAUUGAAUGUAAAUAGGGUAAGCUUUUUAGAGGAGAUGGAUGAAGAAACGUUAUCAAAGCGGAUUUUGGUGCUUAGUAGAACAAACAAAACUAGAAGUGCAUUGGAACUGUUUACUUCCAUGGAACUAUCAGGUCUGCUUCCUAAUUUACAUGCAUGUAAUUCGUUAUUAUCUUGCCUUUUGAGAAAUGAGUUACUUGAUGAUGGCUUGAGAGUAUUUGAAUUUAUGAAGAGAGAGAAGCUAGCCACAGGGCAUACUUAUAGUUUAAUACUGAAAGCAGUUUCGGUUGCUGAGGGCUGCAGCUCUGCCAUUGAAAUGUUUGUGGCAAUGGAAGAGGAAAGUGAAGCGAGGGACAGUUUUGAUACCAUCGUCUAUAACACAAUGAUAUCAAUUUGUGGUAAAGUGAACAAUUGGUGUGAAACUGAGAGAUUAUGGAGACAUAUUAAGGGGAAUGGCCUUACUGGAACACGAGUUACUUAUUGCCUCUUAGUUAGCAUUUUUGUUCGUUGUGGUCAGCACGAACUAGCUCUUGAUGCUUACAAUGAAAUGAUUCAAAACAAAUUUGAACCUGGGAAUGAUACAAUGCAUGCUAUCAUUGGUGCAUGCUCAAAGGACGGAAAGUGGGAUCUUGCGCUAAACAUCUUUCAAAGUAUGUUGGACAGUGGCCUCAAGCCAAAUGCAGUUGCAUUCAAUGCAUUGAUAAAUUCACUUGGGAAGGCUGGGGAGGUUGAACUAGCAUUCAGGGUAUAUAAUAUCAUGAAAUCUUUGGGUCAUUCACCCGAUGCUUACACAUGGAAUGCGUUACUUGGUGCAUUGUAUAGGGCAAAACGACAUGAUGAUGCCCUUAGGCUUUAUGAGAGUAUCAAGACAAGUCAGGGCUCUCAAUUGAACUCACAUUUGUACAAUAUUGCUUUAAUGUCAUGCUCAAAGCUCGGACUAUGGGAUAAAGCUCUGAAGCUUUUGUGGCAAUUAGAAGCUUCGGGGCAGUCAGUUUCAACUGCAUCAUAUAAUCUUGUAAUCAGUGCUUGUGAGAAGGCAAGAAAACCUGAAGUGGCAUUGCAAGUUUAUGAGCACAUGGUUCACCAGAAGUGCACCCCAGACAUAUUUACUUAUCUAUCACUAAUAAGGGGUUGCAUUUGGGGUUCUCUAUGGGAUGAAGUGGAGGAAAUCCUGAAUUGGGCUGCACCAGAUAUGUCUCUUUAUAAUGCUGCCAUUCAAGGAAUGUGCUUAAGAGGCAAAAUUGAAUUAGCAAAGAAGAUUUACACGAAGAUGCGCGAGAACGGUCUGCAACCAGACGGGAAAACACGGGCUAUGAUGCUGCAAAACUUACAAAGACGUAAGAGGAAGCAGCCUCCUCGUUACAAAACAAGUAGCAAGUUCUCUUAUUAUCGUCGUAACUAA